AGGUAUUUGAUCAAUAUUUAAAUUUUAUCUCACUGGAAGAAAAUAUGUUUACGACAAGAUAUCAAGAACGAGAUUCAAUAUCAUAUUAUGGUAAGAAAAUUAUCAGAUGAACCAUCUUUUUCUUGCCAAAGUAAAUUAGUUGGACAUGCAGAUAAAUCAUCUCUCUGUAGCAUAAAUCUGACCAUUUUCAAGCAUUCUUUGUGUUUAAUUUGUUUAGCGUUAAACAGACCCGAUGCUAAAGACACAGACAUUGAAAAUAUUCGUGAUACAGUGGUGGAUAGUCUGUUCUCAUUUUUAGUGACGCUAGGUAUGACGUUUUACCUUAAUACCUUAAGCAAUUCACAAAACAAAAUUAGUUGUGAUACAGUAUGUCGUAACUAUUGCUGGAAUGAUAGGAAACUGUACUGUAUUUGCACCAGUGUAGAAGAAGUUUUAGGUUGUGGAAAUACCAUGUACCGUACAUUUAUUAUAGCAAAGAUUAAUCUAUUUUGCACAUCUUUGAGACGUUGUACUGUAUAAGAUGUAUGCAACGUCUUUGACAAUCAUAUAUUCAGUUAAUAUAUGAUUUCCAAAUGAAAUUGUCAGGUACUGUUCCAGUCAUUCGCUGUCCACGUGGGAAUGCUGCUGAAAUAGUGUCGGAGGUACUGUUUAGUAAAGAAAACUUUUUUGUAUUUUAUUUUGUGAAAUUUCCACUAAUUGAAAUAGUUCUACAUUUAGGCGUUAGACAAGAAACUACGAGAAAAUCUCCGUGACGCUAGGAACAGUUUAUUCGCAGGCGAUAUGAGCACAGGGCAAUUUAGGUAAACAAAGCAACAAAACUUUUCAACUGCAAUGAUUUAAAUAAAACGUGUUCCAAGGCAUUAAAGAAUGGGCAUUUUUUUAGUUUCCAGCGACCUGUGUUAAUAAUAUUGGAUAGAAAUAUUGACCUUUGUACACCAUUACAUCAUACGUGGACGUAUCAGGCGUUGUGUCAUGACGUUUUGGUAAGAGCUUGUUAUGCAUUACUCCGAUAAACACACGUAAAAACGACCAACCUGUUCCCGGUUCAUAUCGACAGGCUUGAACAAGAUUGUGCUGCACCCUCAGAACAAGUUGUUAACAAUGUUGUUACAGUAUUGCUCAGUUGUAACAAUGCUGUAACAACAUUGUUGACAAUUUGUUCUUACUAGGCUGCAGCACAACCUUGUUCAAGCCUGUCGAUUUCAACCGGGAACUGGUUAUUCGUUUUUAUCCGUGUAUAAUGCGUCCAUCGCACCUCAAGAACCAAGACUCAAUUCCUGAAAUAUUCAGUUGCCUGAUUAUAAUUUCACCUCAGUUGCAUGUGAAAAGAAUGGUUUCAGUUUGACUCUACCAAACACUGCAAGUUUCUCAAUGUAUUCCAGUUUCCUCCUGUGGUAACACUGAACCAAAAGGUUAUGGCCGAUGGAGCACAGAUUAGAUUUAGACAAUCGUAAGGAAAAUAAUUGUGGUUGAAUCUCCGGUUGAUUUUGUUAUUGUCAAUGCUUCCUUUCUUCUCAAGGAUCUUCAUUUAAAUCGUGUUGUGAUAAAAGAAAGUGCACCAGACAAUGAAACGACAGAGCAUGGUCAUUCGCGACCAAGACCAACCAAGACUAAAUCAUAUGACAUCAGUGCCACUGAUAACUUCUGGAAUAAUCACAGAGGAAGGUGAGUGGGAUUCACUGUAUAUUUGUCAGUAACAAACAGAAAUACAAGAAAAUUUAACUACUACACGCGUACCCAGGCUCUCUCCUCCACCGUAGACGGGGUUGGGACAUAUGAUGAAAAGAAUGAACAGUAUUCCCUCAUUCUUCAUUCUGCUAACUGUCAGAUCGAUACAUUUGAGAGUUCAGACUUCACUUCCACAACCAUCACCGCUUACCAUUAAGGGACCAUUAACCAAUGCGUACUAAGCUAGUAAGUGGUUGCGGUAAUCAAAAUUUGAAAUUAUGCAUUGAGACGAGAAACUGAAGCCCUAUGCUAACGCGGGAAUUUGUUUCCUGUAGUCCGUUUCCAAACGUUGCUGAAUCGAUCCAGAAAGAGCUGGAUGAGUACAAAGCAUCUGAAGGAGAAGUGAAACGGUUAAAAAAUAUCAUGGUAAUGUCAUGUUUUAUCUCCGAAACUUGUCUAUAAUUGUCCAAAAAUUAAUAAACUAUAUUGUUAUAAAAGGGUUUAGAUGACAGCGAUGAAGGAGCCAUCACGGAUUUAAUGAGCGCGGAUCAUACGUCUAAACUCACGUCAGCUGUAAGGUAUAAAUAUCACUCCUUUUUGUCAAAAGAGUGAAAUGUUUUUUAAUCGCAAAAUCUAACCCUUCAUUGUCCACUUCUGCAGCUCAUUACCAGAAUUACUGGAGAAAAAGAGAUUAAUUGACCAACAUACAAAUAUUGCUACAGCAUUACUGGAUCAAAUUAAGGUAAAUAUUUAACAUUUAAUACGCCUAUUAGUAUGCAGUCUCUGACUGCCCUCUAGUUUAAAAUAGAAUUAUUUUGUUCUCGUAAUCGCGAGCAGUUGUGCUCUUUUUUAUUGCCUUACAGCAACGCCAUCUUGAUACAUAUUUUGAAUCGGAGGAAAAAAUAAUGAGUAAUCAAAGAUUGGUAAGAUUUUCUAGAAAUGUUCAAUCUAAAUUCUCGUUUCAUUGUGUGCUCUGCAUUGUGUGUGUGGUGAGAAGCGAAUAGCUAUAAUUUGAGACGGAAACAAACAGUUUUAUUACCAAAACAAAAACAGUUUUAUUACCAAAGCCAAAAACUGAAAAUUUGAUCAAGCUGCUGUGUUAUGGAAUUCUUUGGAAAACAACCGAAGAGCUAUACUGAAAUAUAGCCACUUUUAAAAGUGAAAUACAGAGGAAAUAUUGAGACGAGUUAGGAACAAAAUAGGUUAAUUAAUUAAUAUUUUAUAUUUUGGAUUUUGUAAUAUAUACUAACUAUCGGAUAAUAAUUUAACUGCACGACCACAUCAGCAAAGAAGCCCACCAAGGGGUUAUGACCGACAGGCGACAUUCCUUAAAAAGAGGCGACAGACUAUCUAAAAAAGAGCGACAAACGACAACUUCUGACUGGGAAAAAGCGACAAAUUGUGAUUUGUGUUAAGAGUCAAAAGUGACAGCGACAUUUAUUACAAUAAAACAAGCAACAAAGCAGCUACAAAACGAAUGACAAGCGACCUGGGUUACACCCUUGGUGGGCCUCAGCAAAUGCUGUAAAUUUUAUCGUGUUUAAAUAAAUGCUUUGAUUGAUUGAUUGAUUGAUUGAUUGAUUGAUUGAUUGAUUGAUUGACUAAAUACUAGAUAAAUUUAUUUUCUGCAGGAUAAAUCUGUUUUAGAAUUUAUACAAGAUCCGGAGGGUACGUGUUGUUAUAGACUGUAUAUAGUCAGUAUUCGUAGACUCUACUUAACGGUAGACGUAUACGAGGGAAUACGAGGGUCCUCUUGCGCAGUGAACUCCGUAUAUAUCUAGAGUGAGAACUCGCUCCAAAGCUUGAAACCAAAGAUGGCGGAAAUUGACGUCCAGUGCCAGUCCCUAUUGUUUUUGUCUGCGCGGUUAGCACAAGGCUGCAACAAGUGCACCAAAAUUUUGUGUGUUGACUUUGAUUUAAACAAUAAUAUACUAUGGUUUUAUGAACUGAUAACUUGAUUAGUGAUACGAUCUGUUAGAAAAAAACUGGAAAUAACUGUUUACGAUCUUCAUAGAUUUUGAACGUCAACUCCGCCAUCUUGGCCGAAUGACUCAAGUUCUUAAUCCAGAUAUAUAUACUUAUUAUAGCUUAAGAUUUUGGUUUACGAAACACAAACAGUGCUCAAUACCAUAUAGAUAGAGCGUAAUAUAGUUUUUCGUUUUACCUCAAAAAACCUGAAACAGACUGUUGUGGUUUUUUGAGGUAAAACGAAAAACUAUAUACUUAUUAUAUGGAUAGUGGUGUUUUACUGGAAACUAAAACACUGGUAGAACUCAUACGUCACUACAUCCGGGACCAGGUGCGCGUAUUUUCCGUAUUUCACCCCUGCUAGUGACCAUCUAUGUUAGUGACAUACGAAGUUCGAAAAUUUCCCGCCAUUUUCAUUGUUGUUGUUUUGAAAACACAAAUGGUCUUUGGUUCGUAUUUAAAACGAAAUUAACGUUGGAAAUGAAACGAAAACAUUUAAAAGACAUCUUGAGAUAAGUAAAAUUUAUUCUAGUUUUAUGUUUGCACUAUAAUUACUAAAAAUAUCGCUUCUACACUGGUCUUUCGCGUGCUUAUUUACAUGUUGCCUUUGUGUGUAUUUUUGUCACCCUGAAUAAGUCCAUAUAAUAAACAGAACAUUAAACGGUUGCGAGAAGAUAUGGAUUUAUGUUCUCGUGUCAAAAACAAUAUCUCACUCGUGAGAUAUUGUUUUUGCCACUCGAACAUAAAAUUCAUAUCUCUUCGCAACCGUCUAAUAUCCUAUAUAUAUAUAUAUAUAUAUAUAUAUAUAUAUAUAUAUAUAUAUAUAUAUAUAUAUAUAUAUAUAUAUAUAUAUAUAUAUAUAUAUAUAUAUAUAUAUAUAUAUAUAUGUUUUCAUUGUUCGUAAAUUGCAAUUCAGGCUCACGCUUUGGGCUUUAGCUGACGUCAGAUGCACAAAGGCGAGGCUCCUAUAGCCAAAUUGACUUACUUUCCGGAAGGGUAUAUUCUAUAAUGUCAGCCAACAUGUUUGAAAUGUCAUUGUUCUUUUAAAUGCUCAGUUAGUUGCAAAACAUUUUAUUUCUUUCAGCUGGCACUCCGGAAGAUAAACUAAGAUUAUUUAUAAUAUUUUAUAUUUCUGGACCAACUAUGUCCGCUGUAAGUAUGUUAGAUUGUUCUUUGGUCCUGUUGAACUUGUGCAGUAUGUACCGCCGGCUAUCACGUGACUGUAAUAUUACCAUUAAUGAUACUUUUAUUACGUUUAGGCUGAAUUUGACCAAUAUUCCUCGGCACUACAAGACGCUGGAGCUGACCUCAGUGCAUUGAAUUAUAUCAAGAAAUGGAAGUAAGAACAAUUUGGAAUUUUUAAGAAAACUUAUUAAAGUCCUUCUUAACAAAGCAAAUAAUGAAUUUACUUAAAAUAAUUUUUCUAGAGCGUUCACCAAAAUGACCACAGGACCUGUUCAGUCGGGGGGUGGAGGACAAAAUACAUAUAGGUAAUUCUCCAUUUCUUUUUGUUUUUCACAUUUUAUUUUUCGAAAUCCAUAAAUCUUUUUUGAUAUUGUCAACUGAACGACAAAACUCGAAGCUUUCAAUUUUGCUUUCUAGUGCUAUGUUUUCCAAAAUUAUUGGCACUAGUUCUCAAUUUGUUAUGGAAGGUGUCAAGAACUUAGUCGUUGGAAAUAAGGUAUUCAUUUGAGUAAUAUUAUAACCAUUGCCCGGAAAGUGUCUAUUUUUUCACCUACUGUAUUUUUGAAGAAAUUAUGUUUUACAUUAUAUUAUUUCAUUUUAGAAUCUGCCUGUAACGAGAAUUGUUGAUUCCAUUAUGGAAAUCAAAUCAACAGCGGUAAGUUUUGUUUUUGGUAAUUUACAGUUUACCUACCCUUUAUUUUGAUUCACGAAGCCAUUGGGUUCAUUAAUGGGAACAAAUUCUUGUUACUGUUAGCCUGAAUAAAACAACGUUAGGAUAUUUCCGGCGAAGGCUUGAUCAGACAGCUAAAUAGAUAACCCAAUAACCCAUGAAAUCUUGUUUUUCAGGAUGUAGACGAUUACAGACACUUCGAUCCAAAAAUGCUCAGAACCACUGACAGGUUUGUUUUAACAUUUAUCUUUUUUUGCUUGAUUACUGUUUGCCAUGAUUUUUUUUGUAAUAAUUUUUACUUCUUUUCAGUUCCUCCAUCCCUCGAAAUAAGACGCCAUUUCAAGAGGUGUGAACGUUUUCCGUUAUAUCAUUAUUUUCUUAAGUCUAUGUCAAGGUGGUCGAUGUAAUAAUGUGUGAAUAGAUCUCUACAAUCAGUUAACAGACUGAUUUGCAGACAUCGUACAAAAUACAAGAUAGAUCCAGUAGUUUUUAAUUUGAGACGGAUUACAGUGUUUAACUUUUAGUCCAUUACUUGAAAUAUCUUAACUUUCUUUUCUGCCGUUAUUUUAGGCCAUAGUUUUUGUCGUUGGCGGAGGAAAUUACAUCGAAUACCAGAAUUUGGUUGACUAUGCUAUGGUAGGUUUGAAAACCAUAACGUUUACUGUGUUUUAAUUAUUUUAAAAUGUACAAUAAUGUUUAUUAUUUCACACAUACGUAUAUUUGCUUGCGAAGUUUUGUUGCCAGUACGAGAGACAACGAAGAACCAGGAAAGCCAAAAUCAGCCAAUCAGGUUCAUGCAUUUCUUAAGGCGGGAAAUUUUAGAAAGGAAAAUGUUAUUUUUGUUUUGUUGAAAUUUCGUUGGAGUUUUAUUAAUUGUUAGAACAAGUAGCAUUAAUAAGUAAGGUUGGGAUAACCAAAACAUAAAGUCUAACAUUCUUCUUUUAAUAAAACAUAACGUAGACAACGAAUUUUUAUUUGUUUUGUUUUUAUUAUAGCGCAAUCCUUCGAAUCCAAAAACAAUUGUGUAUGGAGCGAGUGAGAUCUUUAAUGCAUCACAGUUUGUUAAACAGGUAUAAUGAAGACUUAACACACUUUUCUUGGUAGAGAUGCAACUACCGUACCUGAAAAAUAUAAGAAUUUCGACGUAGGGCCUUCGCUCAAAACGUCGAAAUUCUCCUUAUAUUUUUCAGGUAGUUGCAUCCCUAGCAACGAAAGCUUGUUUAUAUUAUUGACACUAUCCAGGGCCGCCGAGAGGGGGGGGGGGGCAAAUUGCCCCGGGCCCCGAGGUGCUGGGGGCCCCUGAAAAAUUUUUGUUGCGCCCCAGUCUUUUUUGUGUGUUAAAUAUUUCCGCGCAAAGGACAAGAUAUCUGUUUUCUUGGGCUAAGUACCGAAAUUUGGCAUAAAAAAAUGAGAUAAAGUCGCUGGAAAGCAAUAGCAACGUACUCGUCUGGAAAAAUUUUUUACUCCGGAAAAAUUUUUUUCCCCUAAAAUGGUACACUGACCGAAAUUUUUUUGGCGACGGGGGGGGGGGGUUGUUAUCCGCCAACCUCUCGGCGGUCUGACACUACCUAACACUGACACAGACACAGACAGUUCAAGAUUAUGAAGACUUUUAAUUCUACAAUACGUAUCUCUCGGUUGAUCUCGAAUAUGUCUGAAGUAUUUUUUUUGUUGUAUUUUUGUAGCUGGCAGUUCUUGGAGGCGAUCCUCAAUCUUAACGGUAUUUAAAACAGUAAUAUAACAUACAGCACCAGAGGUCGGGAAUAUCUGUGCCAACUGAUCUAAAUAUUUGCAACGGAGUGAAGUAGUAGAGUGGAGUAUGGUAAAUCUAUAGAAGUGGGAAAAACACUUGAAUAUGGCUAACCUGCGAUCAGGCCCUCGAUGAUUGCAGGCGUGCUACACAAAUGCAUCAUUGAUGGUGGAGUCCACAGUAUUCCUUCAUUCACUGCAAAAAUUCCCGGAGCAUUUUGACUAAAGAGUUUGAGUAAAAUAUAGUAAUGCGCACAUACUGUGACUCAAAAUAGUGAGUACAGUUACUCAAAUAUAUAUGAGCGAAUUUACAGUACGUAAGUUUCAAAUUUACUUAAUGUAUGAGUAAAGAUUUUAUAAAUUUGAAUAAUUGUACUCAAUACUUUGAGUCAUUAUGGGUGCAUUAUUUUACUCAAGUCUCUUUAUUUGCAGUGUUUUAAAUUAAAUUGUAAAUACAAUAAAUUAAUACAGUAUAUUAUAAGUUUGCAAAGUAAGCUCUUCCUAUACAAGGAAAAAUAGGUAAGCUGUAUGAAAUGGACACCAAGUUAUUUAUAAAAUGGCGUGCAAGCCUUACAUGAAGAGCACAGAAAAAUAAUGUUGAACGAUCUGUGGCAGUGUCGCGCCGCCCGUAACCCAGGAGGGCCUGUUCGCAGGCUAUGGCAGUGUAGGUAUUGCCAAUAUUAAUAAGAAAACGUCGGAUUGAUAGGGAUGCAACUGCCCGAAAAAUUGGAGAAAUUCUGCUGGUAUUUUUCAGGUAGUUUUAUACUAUUUUAUCCUUCAAUCCGACGUUUCCAUAUACAAAUGCUCGAUACUGUUUUUACUAGGAUGAAUGGACCAUUCCCCAAUUAACCAAAAUUUUGAACUCAACAAGUCUAGACAAAAAUUUCAUCACAGCUUGAAAGAGCAUCACAAAAUUAGUAAUAUUCCAAAGUUUCGUUGCAAAAUGUUGUAAAAUGCGGAUAAUAUAGCCUUGCGAAGUUUGCAAUUUUCAGUCAUUUUAGAUUACAAACGGGAAAUGGUUACCACUUCUGUGCGUAAUACAAAAUGACUGAAAAUUACAAACUUCGCAAGCCUAUAUUAUCCGCAUUUUACAACAUUUUACAACGAAACUUUGGAAUAUUACUAAUUUUGUGAUGCUCUUUCAAGCUGCGAUGACAUUUUUGUUUAGGCUAGUUAAGAUCAAAAUUUUGGAAAAGUGGUAACCAUUUCCCGUUUGUAAUCUAAAAUGACUGAAAAUUGCAAAUUUCGCAAGGCUAUAUUAUCCGCAUUUUACAACAUUUCGCAACGAAACUUUGGAAUAUGACUAAUUUUGUGAUGCUCUUUCAUGCUAUGAUGGAAUUUUGUCUAGAUUUGUUUAGAUAAAAAUUUUGGUUAAUUGGGGAAUGGUCCAUAGGGGACGGAUAAUUUACAAUUUUUAUCAUGCAUAAUGGGUGCUCCUGCAUAAAACGGUUAUAUGAAGAUGAAAGUAAACAAACGAGUAAGAUAUAAUGUCAAUACAUUUUAUUAAUUUAAUCUUCAGUUUACCGCUGGUGGUUUUACACAAAAUUGAAAAGCCACUGUAUAAAAUAUAAGAUAGUUAAUUCGUCUCUUGUUCCAAAAUAUUACUCUUAAAUUCAUAAUUACAGAUUACAGUAAUAGGUAUCCAUUAUUCUUCGUGAAGCUGCUCAUUUAUGAGCAUUGAAUGUCAACGUUCUUUACUCUUCAGUGGUUUCUGUCAUUUCCUCGAUUUCUUCAUCACGUUGAACUUUGAUAUCUUUAUCCUCAAUCGCCGUGGGCUUUCUCUCCGCCUCUAUUUUGAGCACGCCAUCUUGGUUCAACCUACUAACAAGUGUACUGCCAUCCACUUCACUUGGCAGAGUAAAAUACUGCUUAAAAUGUCGACACGUGUGGACACCAUCUUUCUCAGUUUUAUUCUCAGCACUGACAAGCAAACCAUUGCCUUGCAAUUUAACAUUCACUUCAUCAGACUUGUAGCUGCCAAGGUUUAUUUCCAGGGACAACUUCUUAUCAUCUUCGCCUUCUUUGGAUUGUUGUUUUACACCUUCAAUCUGCAGAACACCACUUUCGAUUCUGGACUUCACCGACUGUGGGUCGACAUUUUCUGGUAUGUUGUCAGCACGAUGAAAUUCAGACGUUUCGUACCCGUGUUCUGUUUCUUUCCGUUGUUUUCCACUUACAAUAACUUUCCCAUUUUCGACUUUACAAUCCAACUCGUCCGGUUUGUAUUUCUUGACAUCCAAUCCAGCCACUUUUAUACGGUCGCUAUUUUGGUUUUCCCAACAUGACUGUUUAGCUGGGUUGUUCUCUACUGGUCUUAAGCAGAGAUAUCUUGGAUAGUGAUAUCCUUCUGGUUGGAAAGCCAUGCCAAGCAUUUCAUCAAUUACGUCUGAUGGUCGUAAAGUUCUGCUGAGAGGUCGGGGACAAAAUCACAAAAACACUCGUUGUUUGACUCUUGUUUCAGUAAGAUGGUGGAAAGAAAAUCUCUAUUUAUUUGCCACCGAAUACAAGACUACUGGAUAUACAGAAAAAUUCUAACAGUUGACUACCAUCUGUUCCCACCUAUAGCUUUAAAAUAAAGAAACACAAAGUUUUCCACGAGAAAUAAUGGUUCAAUUUGGAAACUUACCUGCAACAGUUAUGCACUGGUAUACUUAAGAGACUUAAGGUUACAGGACACCUUUUUUGGCGUUUUGCGGAAAAUCGCUACUGCGCGCUCAAUAUCAGUCCGAUUUUCAUCAAAUUUUCACCAAAUGUUCUCCAGUGCAUGCAAAAUAUGGUAAAGUUGUAAAAUUAACAAACAAUAAAAUAAUGUAAGAAUUAUUCAGGAAAAUCUUAAAUCGCGGUACCGUUACGCUUUUGAGUUAUGUUCCUGCUGGUUUUAAGUUAUAUUUAUGAAAAUAUAAUUUUUAUACAGUAAAAUAGUUGUUCUAAAAAAUCGUGUUCGGAAAUUUUUGUUUAUUUCGUCAUUCCGCUGAUAUGGCGAUUUCUUUGACGACUGCAAUAUAUUUCUGAAUUGUUUUAGUAAAUUGCUCUUUAUUUUUAAAAUAUUCAAAAUUAAAAAAAAGCCGAACACGAUUUUGAAACUGACGUCUUUAGCUAUGCCCUGUGAAAAUUUGAGAAAAAUUGGUUAAAACCCGCGGGAGCAUAACUCGUUUGAAAAUCAGUAAUUACCGUAAAAUUUUUCGGGAGAAAAUUGAAUUUGAAUAUUACAUUUUCAAUGUUUUUCUUAUUGCAGCGAAAUGUAUUUUAUUAAAUAACUCUGCGAGUUUUCAACAUUUUCCGUUCAAACUUGGUCAGAUAGUAGAACUAGUCUAAUGCUUUCAUGGAAACCAAUAAAAAAAUUUUAGGCAAAAUUAACACUCAAAGGUGUUCUGUAACCUUAAGAAUGCCAUGUCCAAUUUGUAUUUAUAAGAAUCUUUUCCAAACACUUCUUUCUUCCAAGUUUACUUGCUCCGUUGCGAUUUUCUUGAAAUCUUGCCCUAGGCUUGGGAUUGAAGGAUUAUAUACUCCCUACUUCAUUCUAUUUUUAGUAUCUUACCUAAUUUCCAUACCAGUGAUGUAAUAUUCUAUAUUUAGU